GUAUGCGUCCUCAUGUCCCCUCCUGCAGCUGAUGGACUGGCACCGUCCCCGCCUUGCAAUCCUGGGUGAAACAGACGCUGACUUACUGGCCUUCGAGACGAUCCCUUGCCAAGCUGAGGUGGUCGCGAUCCUGCAACUCCUUCGGGAAGGACGGGAACAGGAAGGCUCAGCUCCCACCUCGAGACGCACUCCCUGCUGGAUUACCCUGGCUUGCCAAGACGCCACCCAUCUCAACAGCGGCGAGUCCCUAGUAAGCUGUGUGCAGCUCGUGAAGGCGCUGGAUACGGGUUCACGGCCCCAAGUAGUGGGGUUAGGAGUGAAUUGCUGCGCGCCUCAGCAUGUGGAGGGGGCCCUUACGGUGCUACGGGAAGGCUUACUGACCAUUUCCGCCGCGAAAGAGGUCAUUAGCGCAGCGAAAGGAAGUGAACGCAUCCUUAUCGCAUACCCGAAUUCAGGAGAGGUGUGGC